CAGCCCUGGCUUGAAAUUUUUUAAAAAUUGACUUCUUAUUGAACAUAACAUAUAUUUUAUACGUCCCAUACGCCAUGGAUUUCAUCGAGCGCGAAUUGGUCGACAUACGCGCAAAUUGCGAAAAACAAAUAGCCAGCAGCAAAAUAAUUAGCUGCAGUGCUACGCUAGUGCGUGUCGACCUGCUGCCGGAUAGACCCAAUCGCACCAUGACCGUUUGUUUACGCUUUCCCGAGGAUUAUCCACAGAGCUCAGCCAUUUUGGUGGAGCUUAAGAGUCGUGUUUAUUCCGACAAAUUGCUCGCGGAGCUCACGCGGCUAAUGGACGACUAUGCAAGGGAGCAUUUGGGAACAGCACAAGCUUUGCUUGUAUUGCGAUUUGCCCAGCAAUACUUGUUGGACAAUCCGCUGUGCGUGUGCCUGGACGAGAUCAAGCAGCUGCGCAUGGAUCUAAAAGGCGUAGAGAACUCACAAAAUGUUGCCAGCCAGCUAAAGCUUCGACAGCGCACAAGUUGCGUGGAAUUAAUUGCCCGUGGCGGCAGUUACGUCUAUCGCGUGACAGCCGCCGUGCCCGACUCCUAUCCCAACCAGUGCGUGGAGCUGCGUGGCCAGGAGUCAAAUCUGCCCACCGUCCUCGUGCGUUAUCUGAACGGACAGUCCCGAGAGAUAGCACGCCAAUGCGUUGAGCCACCGCUGCGUCUCAGCAAGGAGGAGCUGGCGCACUUUCGGCCCGUGCGUAGUCUCUAUCGUACGCUAAAGUUUUGCCUGGAGGCUACACGGGAUUUUCAUCAGGAAUUGUGUCCGAUUUGUAAUAGUACCGUGCUGCAGGCACAGCCAGAGUCUAUGGUGCUGGACGAGCAUGCGGAUGCGUUUGUCGAGCGUGUCUACUGCGGCCAUCUCUUUCAUCAGGGCUGUCUGAAGCUGUACCUGUCCGAACCACCGUUUCCCAAAGGCGGCAAACUGUGCCCGGCCAAGCGCCGGCAUCCGCGCUCCGAUGCACAAACCUACAUGGGCAAGGGAGCCACUGCAGCAGCCACGUCCGCAGCGAGUGGCAGUCAAAAGAAACUGGAUGGCGCCGUCUGUGGCAUUAAGCUGGCCCAUGACCGUUGGGUGGUGAAUGUGAAGACGGCAGAGGCGCGUUGGGCACAAAAGCAGGCACGACAACGUGAACUGGAGGAGGUUGUCGAUUUUCUGCAGUAAGUUGGGAUCAGAAA